AACCCCCCGCAUUCAAGCCUAUCUCAGUUUAAUGCAAGUUAUGCUCACAAUGCAAAGUUGGGGGUAAUCCCGGAGGUCUCCGAAUCUCCGAUCUUCAACAGUAAGCAAGUAGCUUGGAGUCGGAAGCUUCGCUCCCAGAGUGGGUUAUUUUUACCUCAACAUCAUUAAUGUAGAUGGAUUUAGUCUUUUGGGAAUUAUAUCUGGCAUCAUCUGUCUAAUAUUCUGCCACAUUGCCCAACACGCUGACUUUUAUUAAUCGAGACUGCAAUAAAUCCGAAAGCUACAAUUCAUCAUGGCGAAGCUUGAGAUUCCUAUCAUUGACUUCUCUGGAUUCUACUCAGAAGACCCAGUUGAGAAGAAGAAGGUUGUAGACCAGGUCCGUGAAAGCUGUUUAUACAAUGGAUUUUUCCAGAUCCUGGGACAUUCUGUUCCUGUAGACAAGCAGGCCAAAGCCCUGCAGUGCGCCAAGAAGCUCUUCAACCUCCCUCUGGAGGAAAAAGAGAAGGUUUCCAAGAAUAACAACACUUGGAACCGUGGUUAUGAGAUGCUGAGGUCACAGAUUCUUGAGGAAGGCACGCAGCCAGAACUCAAAGAGGGUUUCUACAUUGGCGAUGAGAUUCCCAAGUCUCACCCCUAUUUUGUCAAUAAGAAGCUCAACAGUGGCCCCAACCAGUGGCCAGAAGCCCUGGGAGACGAUUUGGAGGACUUCAAGUACCAGACCAUGGAUUACUACAGGUCAACACUGAACCUUGCCUCUGAUCUUAUGCGGGUACUAGCACUUUCCCUUGACCUCAAGGAGGACUACUUCAGUGACUUCCUGGAUGGUGCUGUUGCUACCAUGAGGCUCCUGCACUAUCCUUCUCAACCUAAGGAUGCUGACGAGAAGCUUACUCGAGGUAUUGGAGCCCAUACCGAUUUCGGUGCUAUCACAAUGCUUCUUCAAGAUGAUGUCGAUGGCCUUCAAGUCUGGGAUCAGAAGAACAACACCUGGAUUGAUGUCCAGCCAACCAAGGGAGCAUUCGUUGUCAAUCUGGGCAACCUGAUGGCUCGUUGGACAAACGAGAAGUACAAGAGCAACGUCCAUCGCGUCAUCAACAAGACUGGUAAAGAGCGAUACUCCAUCCCAGUCUUUGUAUCUGGCAACCCAGAUUACGUUGUAGACUGUAUCCCAACCUGCAAAUCACCUGGGGAGGAGGCCAAGUUCAAGCCAGCUACUGUCGAGGAGGUCGUGUCAGCAUCUUAUGCGGAGUCAUACGGAAGAGCUCAGUUGUACAAGCAGGGCCUGGAGAAGAAGGCUGAGAGCAAGGUGGAAAGUACGCCUCUUCAGCAGGUCGCAGCUUGAUGUAUCAUUGUAUCUAAGUUCUAUGUGGUGAUACAAGCUCUCAGCCACAGGUCCCAGUAACAUUGUAUCAUUACUACUCGUAUGUCAUUAGAAGUCUUGACUAUUAAAUGAAUGGUUCGUUUAAUAAACCGGUUCCGAUGCACAAUGUCAUAGAUGCAUUGAAAAUAAUGAACCCUAGGCUAAAGAGGGCGCUUACUUG